UUCUCUCUCCUCCUCCUCUUUUCUCUCUCUCCUCCUCGCCCUCCCGAUGCCGGUGGGCUAGGAGAGAGGUACCAAGUUAGGAAGUAGCAGCGGGCGAGCAGGAUGGCCCCGGGGUCCGAGUGAGGCUGAGGAACUGUUUGGGCGCCUUGGAGAGCUGCUCGGCCAGCGGCAACCUGGAGCCAGGAGCGGCCGGCCCGCCGGGCUCGGCCUCGGAACGGAGGCUGCGGGCGACGACCGUGGGCGGCGGCGAGGGGGGACCAGGGGUCCGCGGCCGCUGAGAGAAGGAGCCAUCGGUGGAAGGGACCCGGUGGACACCAUCCGGGGGUGGAAGGGCCCGGGCCGGUGGACCGAGGGGUCGGGGGGCGAUGCGGACCACUCCGGGGCCGAAGACCUUGGCUGGGGGAUGCGGAUGAGGCCGGUCCGUACUAUGGGUGUCAAUCACUCCCACCGACCCCCCGUGUUCGACGAGAACGAGGACGUUAAUUUUGACCAUUUUCAAAUUCUCCGGGCCAUCGGGAAAGGGAGCUUUGGAAAGGUAUGCAUUGUGCAGAAGAGAGAUACCAAGAAAAUGUAUGCCAUGAAGUACAUGAGCAAGCAGAAGUGCAUUGAGAGAGAUGAAGUGCGGAAUGUUUUCAGAGAACUUCAAAUCAUGCAAGGCUUGGAACACCCUUUCCUCGUUAAUUUGUGGUAUUCAUUCCAAGAUGAGGAAGAUAUGUUCAUGGUUGUCGAUCUGCUGCUGGGAGGGGACCUGAGGUAUCACCUCCAGCAGAACGUGCAUUUCAGCGAGGGGACGGUCAAGCUCUACAUCUGUGAACUGGCGCUUUCCCUGGAUUAUUUACAAAGAUACCACAUAAUCCAUAGGGACAUCAAACCAGACAACAUAUUGCUGGAUGAGCAUGGGCACGUCCACAUUACGGACUUUAACAUAGCCACCAUAGUGAAAGGGACGGAAAAAGUGUCCUCUAUGGCUGGAACUAAGCCAUACAUGGCCCCGGAGGUGUUCCAGGUGUUUCUGGAUGGAGGCCCGGGAUACUCGUUCCCUGUCGAUUGGUGGUCCCUGGGAAUCACAGCCUAUGAAUUGCUCCGUGGCUGGAGACCUUAUGAAAUCCAUUCGGCGACCCCAAUCGACGAGGUCCUCAACAUGUUCAAGGUGGAGCGAGUUCAUUACUCGUCGGCGUGGUGUAAGGGGAUGGUGGCCUUGCUGAAAAAGCUCCUCAGCAAGGAUCCCGAGUGCCGGCUCUCCAGCCUGGUGGACAUUCAGAGUUCUCCAUUCUUAGCGGACAUGAACUGGGACGCGGUGCUGGGGAAGGCGGUGGCUCCUGGUUUUGUUCCAAACAAAGGAAGGCUAAACUGUGACCCUACUUUCGAACUUGAGGAAAUGAUUCUGGAAUCGAAGCCUCUUCAUAAAAAGAAGAAGCGACUUGCUAAAAACAAAUCCAAAGAUGGAACAAAAGAAAGUUGUACCCUGAAUGGACACCUGCAGCAGUGCUUGGAAACAGUGAGGAAAGAAUUCAUCAUAUUCAACAGAGAAAAGCUAAGACAGCAGGAACCGGGCAGCGAGACAUCAAGCGUGGAUGGCAGAGUGCCGAUUCAGAGUCACGGGAAGCUGCAGGAUGGCCGAAACAACAACAUCCUUCUCAGACAUGGCUGCACCAGAGGCUGUAGCAGCUAAUUUCAUAUUUGAUGUGGCUAAACUGUUUGAACGGUCUGUGUCACUAGGACCCUAAAGCCCCUCUCUGUGCAUGUGAUGGUCCCUUUGUGUCCCCACCCCCCCCACCCACUUCAGACACCAGAGUAAAACCCCACUGCCAAAAAUCUAUGGGUCAACACAGGUCUCGAAUCCACUCACUCCAUCAACACCGGUCCCCACUGAGACAGCUUCGGGAAAAAUCGAGUUUCACGGUCCAGCAUCGAAACGAUAAAUGUUUGAUGGGUUUGAAUCGCCUACGAGAGAAUCCGUAGAAUCCUGGAACACUUGAAACAUUUGAGUUUGUGAUCUGUCAGGCGGGCAGCUUUCGAACCCCUUACGAUUCUGCGUUCCGUAGUCUGUGUCCCCGAGGUCGUUAAGCUAGUCAUCCGUUUUCCAGAAAAUAGUUGAUUUUCUGAAAGUAAAACGAUCUGGCUGGAACUGGGAUUUAGUGAGGUCGCUUAAUACGAUUAGAGCAUUUGCUGUCCGUGUCAUAAACGUGUAUGUAGUCCGUGUACAUAUGUUUAUGUCUGUAGCGUACUCCAUCAGCAUCCAUUAACUAUAUCUGAAACCCAUUAACAUAGCAUGAAUGGAAACACGUUUCACCCAUAAAUUUUGGCCUUCCUGCUAAUGUGACUUUAAGUCGUUUAUCAGGAUAUUGAGGGUGCAGAAAUUCUUUAAUAAGAAAACCUUGAGGCUCUCAAAAGAAUCAAAUCAGGACCCCGAUGUUUAUAUUAGGCAGUUUAAUCUGUACAACAAAUAUCUUGCCUUGAUCCUUGGCUGUUUGGGAAACCAGUCGACUUUACUAGAAAGACCUGCUAUCGGGUGCCAACUGAAAUGUAGCAGGUGUACCCUGAUAUUUUCACUCCCCAAUGUGCUUCAUCCUCAGCUUGAUAAUAAAUGUCUGUCUAUGUUGUUGGCAUGUUCUUUGUCUGUUUUCUAGUGUUCGAGAGACAAAUGGAGCUUUUGGUAAAAUUAUAAUACUGUAUCAUUUUCCUUAAAAGACUUUAGUCUAAUGUAUUGCUUUGUACCUUUUUUUUUGUUUACCAAGAUGAUUUUUAAAAUAAUUCAGCUUUUUUAAACGAUUUGGUUGCCCCGGUCUUCUACUCUUCCUCUCGUAAUUCAUCACCACGUGAAUUUUUACCGACACCUCGAGCACCGAUACAGUAACCUGAAAUAUACAACCCCUUCUUUCGCAGUGACCUUGUGGGACUGAGGAUGUGUUCUUAGAAGGUCACUGUGACUGUGGUGGAGGUGAUCGUGCUUUUAUGGCCCAGCUGUGGUAGGGUCAGACUAAGUUCACUGGUUUUCACGGUCGCUCAGAAUAAACCAUUUCACUCA